CAGUUUCGUCAACCGUUUUGCAGUGCCCCAGGGAUUGGUAUUUGUUGGGACAACCUAAUCAGCGAUGGUCCCCACCAGUCCGCACGCCGCUGGACUCGAACUUGGCGUCUGGAACGCCCAGGUCACGACGUCACCACAGCGCAUACGUAGAGGAGGUUCCGGUUGUCAAAUGGAUUCAAUAAAGCCAUUCCGUGUUUAAUUACUUACAAGAUAACACGUUGUUUUAUUUGUUGGACAUUAAGUCUUAUUUUGUCCUUGCUUUUAAUUUGUUAAAUGUUAAUUGUCUCUCACGUACGACAUCGGCCACCGGGCGUACGUGGUGAUACAAAAGUGGCGACUCGGGUUAGUUUUGGCCUAAUCUUUACGGGUCCAAGACGACGCCCACGCGGAAACGUAGAAGACUUCGGGAAAGUUCCGAGAGCUCGAUGGACGGCGACGAAUCCAUGAACGGCCAGGUUCCGCCGAACGGGCAGGUGCCGCUGAACGGACAGUUGCCGCCGAACGGACAGUUGCCGCCGAACGGACAGUUGCCGCCGAACGGACAGUUGCCGCCGAACGGGCAGUUCGGGCAGCAACCACAUGGAUUCCGACCUGGGGCAGAUCCGUACAUGCAGUGGUUCUCGCAGCAGCAGCAAGUCUACGUGACGGAGAUGUUCCGCCAGCAGCAGGAGGUUCUCCAGCAGCAACAAGCGGCCAUGCAGCAGCAACAGCGAGCGUUCAUGGAGCAGCAGGAGCAGCUUCUACGGAACGUCAUGACUCGGAUCAAUGUACAGGUCCCGCCGAACCCGGAGGUCAUUCUGGACUCGCUUGCCAACAACAUCAAGGAGUUCAGGUAUGAUCCGGAAAACAACGUCACCUUCGCGGCCUGGUACAAUCGUUAUGACGAGCUCUUUGCGAACGACGCUAGCCGGCUGGACGAUCCGGCCAAGGUGCGCUUGCUGCUCAGGAAGCUGGGGAUGUCGGAACACGAGCGGUACACGAGCUACAUACUGCCGAAAACAGCUAAGUUUUUCUCGUUCGCGGAUACCGUGGCAAAGCUUACGUCACUGUUCGGUACGGCCGAAUCGGUGAUCAGUCGACGGUACCGCUGCUUGCAGAUCAUGAAGCAACCUUUGGAGGACUAUGUCACCUAUGCCUGCCGCAUCAACAAAGCUUGCGUUGAAUUCGAACUGCCCAAGCUCUCGGAGGAGCAGUUCAAGUGUCUUGUUUUUGUGUGUGGUCUGAAGUCAGAGAAAGACGCAGAAAUAAGAACGCGGUUGCUGUGCAGGAUCGAGGAGCGAGCAGACAUAACACUGGAGCUGAUUUCGGAAGAAUGCCAACGCCUUCUCAACAUUUGGCACGACGCGGCGGUGAUCGACGAGCAGGUAGCCGCUGUGCAAGCGUUGGAUUCGAAGCCGAAGUUCCCGAGGAAGCAGUUCAAGUCUGGUCCAGCUGGUGAUCGCGCGAAGUCCGGUAGAAGUGGUCCAGACACGGCCUGCUGGUUGUGUGGUGGGAUGCACUACGCAAGGGACUGCUCGUUCAAGGCGCACGAGUGCACCGACUGUGGACUGGUUGGCCACAAAGAAGGCUACUGCCGGAGCGCUGAGAAAGUCCGGAAGAAGUACGUCUCGACGAAGGUGGUGAAAGUUAACACGUGCAGCGUGGAAGAUCGUCGGAAGUACGUGCCAGUCGUGAUGAAUCGCACCUCUGUGCGGCUGCAACUCGACACCGGGUCCGACAUCACCAUCAUCUCAACGGGAACGUGGCGCAGCAUUGGAAGUCCACCGAUGUCAACAACUUCCGUCGUGGCAAAAACUGCUACGGGCAAGCCCUUGGGGAUCGACGGUGAGUUCUGGUGCGAAAUGGUGGUCGGGGGACGAAAGUCUUCUGGUCUGGUUCGAGUGACAAGUCAACCUCUGAAUUUGCUGGGCUCUGACAUAAUUGACAGCUUUGGGCUGUGGUCAGUGCCGCUUGACACCAUCUGUCAUCUGGUUGAAACGUCAACAACAACAACAACAAAUGUUGAUGCACUCAAGGCGGAGUUUCCACAUUUGUUUUCUGGAGAGUUGGGCUUGUGCGUGAAGACGAAGGUGAAACUUGAGUUGAAGCCGGAAAAAUCACCCGUUUUUCGGCCCAAGAGACCGGUUGCUUACGCGAUGUACCAAGCUGUGGAUGAUGAGUUGGACCGACUCGAACGCUGCAACAUAAUUUCUCCUGUGGAUUUUUCGGAGUGGGCAGCUCCGAUCGUGGUGGUACGAAAGGCAAGCGGGGCAGUACGAAUCUGUGGAGACUAUUCCACGGGGUUGAACGACGCGUUGCAGCCCAACCAGUACCCGUUGCCUCUUCCCCAGGACAUUUUUGCUAGUCUGGCCAGUUGUACCGUCUUCAGUCAGAUUGACUUGACCGAUGCGUACCUGCAGGUGGAGAUGGACGAAAGCUCGCGUGCCAUGCUCACCGUCAACACGCACCGGGGACUAUACCAGUACAACCGCCUGGCACCUGGAGUAAAGCCAGCACCGGGAGCUUUCCAGCAAGUCAUCGACGGGAUGCUGUCCGGGCUCGUGAGGACUUGUGGUUAUCUCGACGACGUGGUUGUCGGGGGUUUGGACGAAGAGGACCAUAAGAAAAACCUACGGGCGGUGCUGCAGCGCAUAGAGGAGUUUGGUUUCACGAUUCGUGCGGAAAAAUGUUCGUUCGGUCAGCCGCAAAUUCGCUACCUGGGCCAUCUUCUUGAUCGCCAGGGAUUGCGGCCGGAUCCAGCCAAGAUCGAAGCAAUCGCCAAUCUCGCCGUUCCGACCGAUGUCAGUGGAGUUCGGUCAUUUCUGGGAGCCAUUAACUACUAUGGCAAGUUUGUGGCGAACAUGCGCAAUUUGCGGUAUCCCCUCGACGAGCUGCUGAAGGAUGGGAACAAGUUUCGGUGGACGCCGGAAUGCCAGCAAGCGUUCGACCGAUUCAAGCAGAUUCUCAGCUCCGACUUGAUGCUGGCCCACUACGAUCCGACGCAGGAGAUUAUUGUCUCGGCCGACGCGUCAUCCGUUGGGCUAGGCGCAACCAUCAGCCACAAGUACACCGACGGGUCGGUGAAAGUCGUUCAGCAUGCAGCUCGGGCGCUGUCGAAGGCGGAACAGGGGUACAGCCAGCCGGACAGAGAGGGUCUAGCCAUCAUUUUUGCCGUUACCAAGUUCCACAAGAUGAUCUUCGGUCGCUCGUUCCGGCUCCAGACCGAUCACGCGCCGCUGUUGCGGAUCUUCGGGUCGCGUAAGGGCAUUCCCGUGUAUACGGCGAACCGGCUGCAGCGUUACGCGUUGACCCUUUUGCUGUACGAUUUCACCAUCGAGCACGUCCCGACUGAGAAGUUCGGUCACGCCGACGUGCUGUCACGGCUUAUCAGCAACCACGCCAAACCCGACGAGGACUACGUUAUUGCUAGCAUCACCCUGGACAACGAUUUGAGGUCAGUAGUAGUUGACGUAGCAAGUGCCCUUCCUCUCAGUUUUAGGGUUGUGGAGCGUGACACGCAAGUCGACCCGUUGCUGAAGAAGAUCUACCGUUACCUGCGCAAUGGCUGGCCACAGAAGCACACGAUCGUCGACUCGGAAAUUUUGCGCUUCUUCGCUCGGCAGGACUCGCUGAGCACUGUGGACGGGUGCGUUUUGUUUGGAGAAAGGCUGGUCAUCCCUGAACGGCACCGGCAGCGGUGUCUGCGCCAGCUGCACCAAGGACACCCGGGGAUCUCACGCAUGAAGGCCAUCGCCCGAAGCUAUGUCUACUGGCCUUCGAUUGACGACGAUGUGGAGGCACUUGUGAAGGCGUGCAAGCAUUGCGCAUCAGCGGCACGAUCCCCUCCGCACUCAGCACCAGUUCCGUGGCCUAGACCGACGGGACCAUGGAAACGUGUGCACGUGGACUUCGCUGGUCCGAUGGAAGGUGCGUACUUUUUGCUGAUUGUAGAUGCCUACACCAAAUGGCCGGAGGUGAUUAAGACGAAUCGCAUCACUUCGGUAGCAACAAUCGGCAUGCUUCGCAGCGUUUUUGCUCGUCUGGGUAUGCCAGAACUGCUGGUCAGCGAUAACGGGACACAGUUUACGAGCGCUGAGUUCCUGGAGUUCUGUACAACUAACGGCAUCCAGCACCUUACGACGGCCCCGUUUCAUCCGCAGUCCAAUGGCCAAGCGGAGCGGUUUGUGGAUACGUUUAAACGAGCAGUGAAGAAGAUUCAGGCGGGGAGGAGCUCAAUCGACGAAGCGCUAGACGUCUUCCUGAUGACGUAUCGAACUACACCGAAUCGUCAGGUCGAAGGCGGCGUGUCACCAUCUGAAGCCAUGUUUGGACGCCGCAUCCGGACGAAUCUGGAACUGCUCUUGCCACCACCACCAAAACCACCAAGCGAGUCAACGGAGUUGAAAGGUGGUUCCCGGAAGCGACGGUUUGAACCGCACGACCUGGUUUACGCGAAGCUGUACAGCGGAAACAAGUGGCACUGGGCGCCUGGCGUUGUUUGCGACCGGGUUGGCCAGGUGAUGUAUACCGUUUGGGUCGAGGACCGCCGUAUGCUCCGAUCGCACGCAAAUCAGCUUCUCAGUCGUGCAGAUUGGGAUCCGAGGACAGAUGGAGCAGAGAAGCCGAAGUUGCCCCUCGACAUCCUGCUGGAUUCCUGGAAUCUGUCGAAACCAACACCGGCUGCGGACCCAACAACACCGACGGUCUUGGACGCGUCACUACAGUCAGCAAGUCCGGAUCAACGCUCGUCACCUGGUGUCCCAGAAUGCUCGCCAUCCAUACCAAGAUCACCCGAGCAGGUUGCACCACCUGAAAGCGAGCCUGCGUCGCUGGUACCGGGGCUUCGUCGUUCUACACGAGUUCGAAAGAAGCCUCAGCGGUUCAACUCGUACCAGCUCAAUUGAGAAGGGGGGAUGUUGGGACAACCUAAUCAGCGAUGGUCCCCACCAGUCCGCACGCCACUGGACUCGAACUUGGCGUCUGGAACGCCCAGGUCACGACGUCACCACAGCGCAUACGUAGAGGAGGUUCCGGUUGUCAAAUGGAUUCAAUAAAGCCAUUCCGUGUUUAAUUACUUACAAGAUAACACGUUGUUUUAUUUGUUGGACAUUAAGUCUUAUUUUGUCCUUGCUUUUAAUUUGUUAAAUGUUAAUUGUCUCUCACGUACGACAUCGGCCACCGGGCGUACGUGGUGAUACAAAA